ACAAAUAAACCCAUCGACAGUAAAGACAAAUACCGUUCGAAAUGGCACAGGCGAAGACAUCGCAGCCAAAAUUUUUGCCCCGUGUCGAAAACAAUGCAUCGGCGAGCACAAAUACGUACGUUGCCACCGCCGGAGGAAAUCCCUUUGAAUCAGAAGACGAAGAAAUUUUCAGUAAACGAAAGAUGACGCUCAAUAUACCGAGUAACUGUCCUGGAAGCUUGACAAACUUAAUCAUCUCGAAGAAUUGGCUGUUCUGUAUGCUGUCUGCAGAGGGACGACUAACUUUGCUACGUUUUUUUCUACCUCGUGCAAUACCACCAGGCGAGGCUGGAUUGGAGAAAUAUGUAACUGGAUAUAAAAUAACAAAUAUGUUCCUGGAUAGUACUGGCCAUCAUCUAAUUAUUUCAUUGGUGCCCAAAUCCCCGGGUGUAUCAUCCGACUUUUUGUACAUACACAGCACCGAGACAACCAAAGCACAACAAUUAAAAGUGCGCCGAAUCGAAAAGUUGAAAGACCACGAAAUCACAGCAGUGGCUUUUAAUAUGUACCACGGCAAUGAAUCAACAACGGGCUUCAUACUCCUAGGCACAAGUCGUGGCCUCAUCUUUGAGAUGGAGCUGGGGCCCGCUAGCGAUACGCAACGUAAACAGCUUUAUGACCUAGGAUUGGGUCUAAGCAAAUAUCCAAUUAAUGGGUUGGAGGUGCUACGAAUGCCCAAUAGCAAUCGAUGGAUAGUCGUUGCCACAACACCCGAUUGUAUUUAUACAUUCCAGGAAACGCUCAAGCAGGAGGAGCGUUGCCUACAGCCUAUAUUUGCAAGCUAUGUAAAUGGCGAACGGGAGCCGCACUGUGAGAAGCACAAAACUGAUUUGGGUUACUCAGUGCUACGAUUCUUCGCCCCACCCAAUAGUAAAUAUCCAAAACAAUGGGCGUGGCUUUGCGGCUCAGGUCUUCGCGUUGGAGAGCUUUCAAUAGAUGCAAACGGAAGCAACGCGCUACUAGGUGAUACAUUGAUAAAUCUAGACUUUGAGAAGAGCAAACAUAUGUCUUAUGAUGAGCGACGUAUAAAUGUCCCCAAGUCUUUUGUUUUGACGGAGUACCAUGCCGUUCUCCUCUACUCAGACUACAUAAAAGCCAUAUGCUUGCUUAACCAGGAGAUGGUCUAUCAUGAGACAUUCGAUGAGCCCAGAGUUGGCAAACUCUUGAAUAUGGAGCGGGAUGCCGUGACCGGUGCCAUUUAUGUUUACACAGACAAAAUUGUGUUCACGCUUCGUAUAGUCCAUGAGGAGCGAAACAUAUGGCGCAUAUAUUUAAAUCGCGGCCAAUAUGAGUUGGCAACGGCACAUGCAGCCGAAGUGCCUGAAAAUCUGAAAUUAGUAUUGGAGCAGCGGGCCGAAGCUGCUUUCAAAGAGGGCUCUUACGAAGUCGCAGCCAAUUACUAUGCUGAAACCGACGAGGCAUUCGAGACGGUAUGCCUUAAAUUUAUGGUUCUGCCCGAUAAACGACCGAUAGUUAACUACGUUAAGAAGCGACUCAAUAAGCUGACCGCAAGUGCGGAGGCUAACCAAACUGAUGCUGUAAAGGCUUUGAUUAUCUGGUUAAUUGAUCUAUAUCUUACACAAAUCAAUUUACCCGGCAAGGACGCAACUUGGCGGAAUGAAUGGCAAAGCGAGUAUGAUGAGUUUAUGCGUGAACCUACGGUUUUGACCAUUACAAGAAAUCAUCGCACUGCAGUCCGUCAAUUGAUUAACGAGCAUGCCGAUCCACAUAAUUUGGCACAGUUUGCCAUCUCUAUAGACGACUAUGACGAGGUGAUCGGGCAACAAUUGAAUGCAGAUCGGUAUGAAAUGGCAUUGCAAACGUUGUGCAAGCAACGCGAUCUUACACUAUACUACAAAUAUGCACCCAAGCUUAUAGAACGGCUGCCAAAGCAAACUAUAGAUGCCUUGAUUGCUCAAGGUGCCAAAUUAGAGAUAGAGAAAGUAGUGCCUACUCUUGUGGUAAUUGAUACGAAGGAACAGCGCGAGCAGGUGAUACGCUAUCUUGAGUUUGCCGUCUACACACUAAACACUGUAAACGAAGCUAUACACAACUUUCUCCUGCAUCUGUACGCGAAAUACGAUCAAAAGCUGCUGAUGAAAUAUCUAGAGAUUCAGGGACGGGAUGAGUCCUUAGUGCACUAUGACAUUCACUUUGCUUUGAAAGUGUGCACCGAGCUGGAUGUAAAGGUAGCUUGUGUGUUCCUUCAGUGCAUGCUCUGCAUGUGGACAACUGCAGUCGACCUGGCCCUGGAAUUCGAUAUGAAAUUGGCCAAAGACACGGCGUCCAAGCCCCAGGACAGAGAGACAAGACGAAAAUUGUGGCUACGAAUUGCAUACCAUGACAUAAAGGGCACAAACGACGUGAAGAAGGCAUUAAGUUUAUUAAAGCAGUGUGACUUACUGCGAAUUGAGGAUCUGCUACCCUUUUUCUCGGACUUUGAGAAGAUUGAUAACUUUAAAGAGGCUAUUUGUGAUGCUCUUAAAGACUAUAAUCAACGCAUACAGGAGCUACAGAGAGAAAUGGCUGAGUCGAAGGAGCAAUCAGAUCGGGUCUGCAAGGAGUUGCGUAAAUUAAAAGCACAUAGCAUUCGGAUGGAAGCGCAGGACGCCUGCGAUAUAUGUGAUCUCAUUUUGCUAGUUAAGCCCUUCUUUGUGUACAUUUGUGGACAUAAGUUCCACAGUGACUGCCUGGAGAAACAGGUGGUGCCCAUGAUCAGCAAGGACCAAAGUCGUCGGCUAACGUUACUCAAGCAACAGCUGGAAACGUUAAUGGCACAAGCAAUCGGAUCGUCAGAUAACACAGCUGAGCAACUAAAGAAGCGCGCUGAUCUCAAAACGGAGAUUGAAGAUAUCCUUGCCGCCGAUUGUCUAUAUUGUGGACUAUUAAUCGAUACCAUUGAUCAACCCUUCGUUGACGAUUGGGACCAGGUCAACGUGGAGUGGGAAUAGCAGAAACAUCUCAGUUAUUAACAUGGUGCACAUGUACAUAUAAUAUUUAGGGCAUAUAUUUUGUUAUCAAUAAAAUUACGUUA